CUUAACUGAGCAGCAGCAGUACUGAAAUGUAGUCUAGAAAUAUGGGAUCACAAAGUAAAGACAAGUCUCCAUCUAGCUCCUCACUGUGUCCUGGAGAGGAAAAACGAGUCGGAACAAGAACUGUGUACGUUGGACAUCGGCCAGCUUCAGAAACGGAUGCCUACAUUGCACAGAAGUUCUGCAAUAAUAGAAUUGUUUCAUCCAAGUACACUGUGUGGAACUUUAUCCCCAAAAAUCUGUUUGAGCAAUUUAGAAGAAUUGCAAAUUUUUAUUUCCUUAUUAUUUUUUUGGUUCAGGCGAUUGUAGAUACACCAACAAGCCCAGUAACAAGUGGCCUUCCUCUUUUUUUUGUGAUCACCGUAACCGCAAUUAAACAGGGUUACGAAGAUUGGCUUCGGCAUCGAGCUGACAAUGAAGUCAAUAAGAGCACCGUUUACAUUGUUGAGAAUUCCAAUUCUGUCAAAAAAGAAAGUGAAAAAAUUAGGGUUGGGGACAUAGGAAGUAAGGACAAUGAGACUUUUCCAUGUGACCUGACUUUAUCUUCAAGCUGUGAGGAUGGCACUUGCACUGUUACCACUGCAAGUCUGGAUGGAGAGUCAAACUUCAAGACCUAUUUUGCUGUGCGGGAAACCACUGGCUUACGUACUAUUGAAGCCAUUGAUAACCUUAAAGCGACCAUUGAAUGUGAACAGCCCCAGCCUGACCUCUAUAAGUUUGUUGGGAGAAUGAAUAUACAUAUUAAUCAGGAAAACAAGGCUCGGUCUUUAGGUCCUGAAAAUUUGCUGCUGAAAGGGGCAACGUUAAAAAAUACGAAGAAGGUUUAUGGUGUUGCCAUUUAUACUGGGAUGGAAAAAAUGGCCUUGAACUACCAAGGAAAAUCCCAAAAACGUUCUGCAGUUGAAAAAUCUAUCAAUGCCUUUUUAAUAGUGUACCUAUGCAUCCUGGUCUCCAAAGCAACCAUCUGCACCACUUUGAAGUAUGUCUGGCAGAAUAAUCCAGCCAAUGACGAGCCGUGGUACAAUGAGAAAACCCGUAAGGAAAAAGAGUCUUUUAAGUUGUUAAAGAUUUUCACUGACUUCUUGUCCUUCAUGGUUCUUUUCAACUUCAUUAUACCAGUGUCCAUGUAUGUUACUGUGGAAAUGCAGAAGUUUCUUGGAUCUUUCUUCAUUACAUGGGAUAAGGAAAUGUAUGAUGAAGACAUUAAGGAGGGGGCUUUGGUUAAUACAUCUGACCUUAACGAGGAGCUGGGGCAGGUCGAGUAUGUAUUUACAGAUAAAACUGGAACCCUAACAGAAAAUUCUAUGGAAUUUAUAGAGUGCUGUAUAGAUGGGCACAAAUACAAAAAAUCGGAGAAUGAGAUUACAGUGACUGAUGGUUCUGUUGGUUAUUAUGGGAAAGCUGGAAAGGAAAGAGAGGAACUGUUUUUACGAGCUUUGUGUUUGUGUCACACCGUUCAAAUUAAAGAAGACUGUGAAACUGAUGGUCUUAAGGGUUCUAUAGAAAAGAAAUGUCAUUACAUCUCCUCGUCUCCAGAUGAAAUUGCUUUGGUGAAUGGAGCUAAAAAGUAUGGUUUUACAUUCAUGGGAACUGAAAAUGAUUUCAUGAAAGUUAUUAACCAAAGUAAUGAAAUGGAAUUGUACCAACUCCUCCACGUCUUGAACUUUGACCCUGUGCGGAGGCGGAUGAGUGUCAUUGUGAAAGCUAACACAGGAAAGAUUUACCUUUUCUGCAAAGGAGCAGACUCCUCUAUGUUCCACCGAGUGUCACAUGAUGAAGUGGAAAGAAUAAAAGUACAUGUGGAGCAAAACGCGCUGGAUGGGUAUCGGACUCUGUGUGUGGCUUUUAAAGAACUAAGCCCAGAUGUUUAUGAUAAAAUCAACAAACAGCUUGACGAGGCAAAAAUGGCUCUACAAGAUCGAGAAGAAAAGUUGUCCAGAGUGUUUGAUGAAAUAGAAGCUGACAUGCACUUACUAGGAGCUACCGCAGUGGAAGACAGACUUCAGGAGCAAGCGGCAGAGACCAUUGAAGCGCUUCAUGCAGCAGGAAUGAAGGUUUGGGUGCUAACUGGAGACAAAAUGGAGACUGCCAAGUCUACUUGCUAUGCCUGCCGGCUCUUCCAGAACAACACAGAAUUGCUGGAGCUGACCACCAAAACUGUGGAUGAGUAUGAAAGGAAAGAAGAUCGUUUACAAGAACUGCUUCUGGAAUAUCACAGGAAGCUGGUUCAGGAGGUGCCAAAGAUAAAAGGCAUUAAAAGGAGCUGGUCUGGAAGCCAAGAAUAUGGUUUGAUAAUCGAUGGCUCUACAUUAUCACUAAUAUUCAAUUCAAACUGCAGCUCGAGCCACUACAAAAACAUCUUUUUACAGAUUUGCCAAAAAUGUACUGCAGUCUUGUGCUGUCGCAUGGCUCCUUUGCAGAAGGCGCAGAUUGUUAAAAUGGUAAAGAACACCAAGGGUAAUCCAAUUACCUUAUCAGUGGGUGAUGGCGCUAAUGACGUCAGCAUGAUCUUGGAAGCACAUGUCGGGAUAGGCAUUAAAGGAAAAGAAGGUCGUCAGGCAUCAAGAAAUAGUGAUUAUGCUGUGCCAAAAUUUAAACACUUAAAAAAACUGCUGCUAGCACAUGGGCAUUUGUAUUAUGUGAGGAUAGCCCACUUAGUGCAGUAUUUCUUCUACAAGAACCUGUGCUUUAUCCUACCACAAUUUUUGUAUCAGUUCUUUUGUGGAUUCUCACAACAGCCACUGUAUGAUGCUGCCUAUCUUACCAUGUACAAUAUCUGCUUCACCUCACUACCUAUCCUAGCAUACAGCCUAUUGGAGCAGCACAUCAGCAUUGAAACAUUAAUUUCAGAUCCUAAAUUAUAUAUGAGGAUAUCUGAUAACGCAAUGCUGCAGUGGUGGCCGUUUCUCUACUGGACCAUACUAGGAUUGUUUGAAGGGCUUGUAUUUUUCUUUGGAGUUUACUUGCUAUUUCAGAAUCCAUCACUGGAAGGCAAUGGACAGGUAUUUGGAAACUGGACAUUUGGAACAAUUGUGUUCACUACAUUAGUGUUUACAGUUACCUUUAAGCUUGCAUUAGAUACACGCUACUGGACAUGGAUGAACCAUUUAGUUAUUUGGGGCUCCUUGGCAUUCUAUGUUUUCUUCUCUUUCUUUUGGGGAGGAAUAAUUUGGCCAUUUCUCAAGCAACAACGAAUGUAUUUUGUAUUUGGUCACAUGCUGACAUCAGUUUCAGUGUGGCUUGCAAUAAUUCUUCUGAUAUUUAUCAGCCUCUACCCAGAAAUCCUUUUGAUAGUGAUAAACAAUCUUAAGACUGCGAGCCAAAAGAAGUUACAGUAUGAGCUGCCAGUGCUGAUGUCAUACAGGAAUAUGGAGAACAAAUAUCUAUCUACCAUGAAGAUAGAAGAAUACAAGCGAAACCCCUUGUUGUCUUCGUUAGAGCUUUAUGAAUGAUCAGUAGCAGUUAUAUGAACCACUGUAGAUUGGAGAAAGCAGACUGCGUGACAGCAGUACUAAAUAAUGCUCUCAAGAACAAGUAAAAAAUGCAAGCUGAAUUUUUGUCUAUGAAUGUGCAUGAAUUAAGCUGCAUCCAAAUCUGAAAAAGUCAGAUGGCUGGAACCACGAGACAGUCUUGGUCAUCUGUUUGUGAACAUUCUAGCUACAAAAAUGAUGGCUGUACAGGCAAUGCAGCUUUCUCAAGAAAUGAAUAUCUUGCCAAAAAACUGUGCAUGUACCGCAUACAAUAACCUCUCCAGUGCUGUUAUGCAAAUGCAAUGCACUCCCUUGGUGAAUUAAGGGUUAAUCUUUGCUUCAGUUUGUGUGAUGAAAGCCUACAAAUUAAUAUAGCACAUUGUUGCCUCAUUUUUUCAGCGGAAAUCUAUAUAUAUUUCACAUAUUUCUCUUUACAAUUUCUUAAAUCUGUAAUUCAAGAAGAUUUAAAAAUGUUUUUGGUUAAAAUAUAAACGUAUUUAUGUUGCAGUUACAACAAAACUAAUUUGCUAUAUUUACAUAAAUCCGCUUCAAAUACAUAUAUUUUUUUAAAGUUUUUUUUUUUUUUCCUUUUCCUACAAAAAUUCGUACAAAACAUUUCUUACGGAAAAUGUUCGAACAUUUUAUUAACAAGUUACAUCUUUUUAUACCAAGACAUUUUAAUAUCACCAUCGUCCUGAUAAUAAGUAACUUGGCCUCAUAAUGUAUUAUUUUUUAUGACAUAUUUACUAACAUAUUUGUUGUUAGUUCCACUCGGUGUUCCAUAAUCAAAUGCACUGUGCUGAGGUUACUGAAAUGUAUAAUAUUUGAUUUAUUUUAAGGAUUAUGGGGCCCUUUAAAAUUGUUAAUAUUUUUUUCUUUUUUAAUUAAAUGUUAUUUUUUUCUAAA